AUGAUAGUUGCUGGACUCGCGCCGGCAAUUGUUGGUGAUAUGGCGGAUAUGACUGGUAGGCGGAACGUUUACCUCCUCACUCUGUUCAUUUAUGCUGUUGCCAAUAUAGGAUUGGCGGUGCAGAACAGUUGGAUAGCGCUGUUCCUGUUGAGGAUGAUGCAGAGUGCUGGUGGUGCUGCAACUAUUGCGAUGGGGUAUGGGGUGAUCUCUGAUAUUGCACCACCGUCCGAACGUGGCGGCUAUGUUGGCGUGGUGCUUUUAGGUCCCAAUAUUGCAACUGCGAUUGGCCCAAUCCUCGGGGGAGCCUUGAGUGAAGCUCCCGGGUGGCGCUGGAUAUUUUGGAUCCCUGCUAUAGCUUCGGGGAUCUGUCUCUUGCUCAUGGCUCUUUUCCUACCUGAAACAUCCCGUUGCAUUGUCGGGAAUGGUUCACGAAAUGUUUCAGCGCUCUAUCGCCCAAUUUUCCGCUACCACCAGUCAAGAAAAUCCAUCCCCCAGCAAGCCCUUAACGAGGAAGAGACCAUCCCGCGGAAUUUCCGGAUUCCAAACCCUCUAGCGACUCUGAAAGUCCUCGCAUCCAGGGACAGUCUUCUCAUCACUGCUAUAUAUGGUGUAUAUUACAUGAAUUUCAGCUGUCUUCAAGGCUCCCUGUCAACCCUUUUCAUUGACAUCUACAGACUCUCAGAGCUCAAGGCAGGAUUAGUCUACCUACCCUUUGGUGUUGGGUCCUGUAUUGGCGCAUACUGUUCAGGAAAAAUUAUGAACCGCGACUACCGCCUCACAGCUCGUGCGCAUAAUCUGGUAAUAGACACCACCCACGGCGACGAUCUGACUGGGUUCCCCAUCGAAAAAGCCCGUUUCAGGAGUAUAUGGUACUACAUAUGCGCAACAGGGAUCUCCACCGCUGGAUAUGGGUGGGCAAUACAGUCCAGAACUCAUAUAGCUGUUCCGCUCAUUCUACAAUUUAUCAUAGGAUUCGCCAUAGCGAUCACUUUCAAUUGCUGCGGUACCCUCCUAACAGACCUGAACCCCAAGUCCCCGGCUGCAGCACAGGCAGCAAACAAUAUCGUCCGUUGCUCGCUUGCGGGUGCAGGACUUGCUUUCCUCCAGAGUUGCUUGGAUGCAAUGGGGCCGGGAUGGACAUUCACCUUAUUUGGUGGACUAUGCAUGGCCUGUCUUGGCUUGGCGUGGUUGGAGUGGAAAUAUGGGAAGAGUUGGAGGCGGCAAUAG